AUGGUCGCAGUUGAAGCAGUUGCAGUGGGUCUUAAUACUGGUUACAAGGUAACAAAAAAUCAACGAAAAAUACGCCAAAAUAGACACAAGGGACGUAUAACUAAAAGGAGUAAGAUUGUUCGUGAACUGAUUCGUGAGGUAGCUGGAUUUGCGCCUUAUGAAAGACGAACGAUGGAAUUGCUAAGGAUCAGCAAGGACAAAAAGGCGCUAAAGUUCCUGAAGAGGCGCAUUGGAUCGCAUGUUCGUGCCAAGAGAAAGCGUGACGAGAUUCAGGCAAUCCUAAUGAAUCUUCGCAAGCAUCACAAGUGA